AUAGUUUUUUCACACUGAGUGCAGACAUUGAACCGUGGAAGUACCUGAACAGACUUUGCAGACGUCCACCUCCCCCCCCCACCCAAAGUCACUUCUUACCGAAGAGGACUUCCCUUCAUUUCGACCGUGGGAUGCAGACAGUUGGCAAACUCAUGAAGGUUUUCGUGACGAGACGCAUUCCGCAAGAGGGGAUGAAGAUCCUGUCAGCGGCUGGAGUGUGUGAGGUGUCUCUGUGGGACUCUGAUGAACCUGUGCCGAGGGAAGAGCUUCUCAAAGGGGUGCAGGGGGCUCAUGGUCUUCUUUGUCUACUGUCAGACAGGGUCGAUGCCGAGGUUCUGGAUGCUGCAGCGGCUGUGUCUCUGAUUCCAGGGCCAAAUCUGAAAGUAAUCAGCACUCUUUCUGUGGGAUUUGACCACAUGGCUCUUGACGAAAUCAAAAAACGUGGUAUACGUGUUGGGUACACUCCAGAUGUCCUGACUGACGCCACAGCAGAACUGACUAUAGCUCUGCUGCUGGCCACAGCUCGCAGAUUACCAGAGGGAGUGGAGGAGGUCAAAAAUGGUGGCUGGAGCUCGUGGAAGCCUCUUUGGCUGUGUGGUUAUGGUCUGUCUGGCAGCACAGUAGGAGUCAUUGGACUGGGACGCAUUGGCAUGGCCAUUGCUCGGAGACUCAUGCCAUUUGGAGUGAAGAGGCUGCUAUACUCUGGCAGAACAGCCAAGGCCCAUGCUGCCGAGGUCAAUGGAGAGUUUGUCCCCCUGGACACACUUGUGUCUGAGAGCGACUUCAUAAUUGUCUCCUGCUCCCUGACGCCUGAAACCCAGGGGCUGUGUGACAAGGCCUUCUUCAGAAAGAUGAAAAACACAGCAGUCUUCGUCAACUCGAGCAGGGGAGCUGUGGUGAACCAGGAGGAUCUGUAUGAGGCUUUGUCCAGUGGACAGAUAGCUGCAGCUGGACUGGACGUUACAACACCUGAGCCACUCCCAACAAAUCACCCCCUUCUUACACUUAAAAACUGUGUGGUGUUGCCACACAUCGGCAGUGCCACCUACUCCACAAGAGGCAUCAUGGCAGCUUUGUCAGCUCAAAACCUGCUGGGAGGUUUACGGGGCACAGACAUGCCCAGUGAACUCACCUUCUAGUGCCUGAAACUGAGCCACUGUGCCUACCGCCUCCUCUGGGUCUGCAUGGGUGAAAUGGUCUCCAAUGUGGGAUCAAAGUGUAGAAGGAAUGAAAAGAAUAGUAAGAAUACUAAUGUAGAUCUUGCUCAGAUACGUGUUUACACUGUGUCAGUGUUUACUUGAUAGUUUCAUUUGAUCCUGUCGCAGUUACUAAUUAAUGGCACUUAUAAUAUACAGUGUGCAUUUUUGAGAAAGGAAAUGCACAUUGAAAAGGUUCUGACAUUUCAGACGUGUAUUCAAGCUCUUGAGGAAAUGCUGAUGAACAUACCAUAAACACUCCUUAUUAAAACUAAUGAAAGACAGUACAACACUUCUGUUUUGCGUGAAAUGGGAUUUUUCUGUAGAAUAAAAAAUUGGAAUGAAA